UAAAUGGUUGGUGUAUAAAUAGACGUUAGCAAAAGGUGUCACUCAAAAAUCACUAGUACACACUUUACGUCAACAUGGCGACGGCAAUGAAGACCGCAUUGAUGCUAACGCUUUUCGUGGCGGCCAUGUUUGUCCUAUGUGAGACAGAGAAGGCGGGCGAGCCUAAGUGCGACCAUAUCGGCUACUCCCCACACACAAUAAGAAAGGAAAUAUGUGGCUCAGAUGGACAGACGUACAGCAAUGAAAAGCACCUCGAGUUUGAAAACUGUCUCUACAAACGAGAAAUCAAAAAAGUGAAAAACGGAUGGUGUAAGGAAGAAGAUCAAAAGAGAGCUGAAGAACAUCGUAGAAAACUAGGGGAAGAAUAUAUAAAGAAGCUAAGGGAGGCACAAAAGGAAGGCUAGAUCCCUGCCUGAUAUUGAAAAAGUGGUCUUAGGAAACAGCAUUUGUGUUUUUCUUACAAACUGUAUAGCCCUCAAACGAACAAUUAUAGGCUAUAUACAUUCUGAUACAAAAAUGUAAUUCUUUUUUAAUCAUUUCAGCCUAAUUUCCUUAUUUUGCAAGGUAAUAUAGACUGAUUUAUUUUGGUUGUUCCCUCUAAUAAAUGUAGAACCAACGAAAUGAUUUCCAUAAAACUUGGUACAAACAUCAUGCUGUUACAUACUGCCGCGCUUUUGUGUUGCUUAAACGUUAAAGCUGUUUCGAUGUUACAUUUAGUGACUUCAUAAAGAUGACAGCCAAAAAGCUGUAGCAUCAUGAAUCUUUUUAGUAGCUUCUAUUUUUGUGCGCAAGUCAUGAACA